AUGUUGAUUUCGAAGCCACAUUCUCGCCUUUUAUCUGUGGUUACGAUCUUGGUUAUAGUCGCCUUAAGGUCGCUCUGCGGGUGGAGGGUCGACGGUUCCCUUAUAUUUCAAUUCGGCCAAAGGUCCGACAAGUCCAGCACGUCCAAUAAGCCCAGCAAUUCCAAAGGAUGGAUCUACUCGGGUCCCAAGGCAGAAGACAAAGCGGUGAUUCUGGCAAAGGUCCGCGGCGAAGAUGUCGAUUGGGUCUUUGACAAUCUUCAAGAUUGGAAACAAGCCAUCUACUAUAUGGACGACCCACGGGAAGGAGUGCUCCAUCCACCACUUAAUAAAGGCAGAGAGGCUAUGGCUUAUCUUACUUUCAUCAUCGACCACUAUGAUGUUCUUCCCGCGUACAUGGUCUUCGUCCACCCCCAUCUGCAAGGCUGGCCUGCAGCAUGGCAUACGGAUAGUCAGAAUCACAACCAAAUCAAUUCUAUCAGGUCUUUGAGGCUGAAAUACCUCGAAGAUAAUGCCCCAGAGUUUUCCAGGAACUACCAGAACGGCGAAGUUCUCGUGGCUUCCUCUCCUACUGCCGACAAAGACUGGAUGGCCGCUGGAACGCAGUCGCUAUUGGAGCCAUACCUAGGCAUGCAUGACUUUGACAUGAAUGGAAGCAAUGAGCGUGCUGUUGAAGAAGUCGAGUUAAGCGCAAUUGAAGCUUAA